AUGAACACUUACAAGACUUAUACCGAACGUGGACAACAACAUCCCAAUGCCUGUGCUCGCUCUCUUUUUGAAUUGAUGGAGCGUAAGCAAUCCAAUUUAUCUGUUGCUGUUGAUGUUACUACAAAGAAGGAAUUAUUAUCCAUCGCUGAUGCUGUGGGCCCUUUUGUUUGUGUGCUCAAGACACACAUUGACAUUGUUGAAGACUUUGACCAUGAUUUAGUUGCUCAAUUGGAGCAAUUGGCAAAAAAGCAUGACUUUUUGAUCUUUGAAGAUCGUAAAUUUGCUGAUAUUGGCAACACUGUCAAGCAUCAAUAUGCCAAUGGUGUCUACAAGAUUGCCUCUUGGUCUCACAUUACAAAUGCACACACUGUUCCUGGAGAAGGUAUCAUCAAGGGUCUUGGUGAAAUCGGCCUCCCUCUUGGCCGUGGUUUGCUUUUGCUGGCUGAGAUGUCAUCCAAGGGUGCCUUGACCAAAGGUAGCUACACAUCCGAGUCUGUUGAAAUGGCUCGUCGUAAUAAGGAUUUCGUUUUUGGCUUCAUUGCUCAACACAAGAUGAACGAGUAUGAUGAUGAAGAUUUCGUAGUCAUGUCUCCUGGUGUUGGUCUCGAUGUCAAAGGAGACGGUUUGGGACAGCAAUACAGAACCCCUCAUGAAGUUAUUGUGGAGAGUGGAGGAGAUAUCAUUAUUGUCGGCCGUGGUAUCUAUGGCAACCCAGAUCAAGUUGAGGCUCAAGCCAAGCGUUAUCGUCAAGCUGGCUGGGAUGCUUACCUUGAAAGAGUGCGUCUCCACAAGAAAUAA